AUGGAAACCGAACUUUUCCUCUUUGGUGGAGAAGCAACAGCAGAGUCCGCCUGGGCCUCUCUCUUGGCUUGGCCUCGGUUAUCCGCUUCUCCGGAGGAAGGAAGGAGCGCAAGCUCAGUCUCCAUGGAGCCCCGCGAGAGAGGAAGGCAGGGAGGCCGGUGGGACCGCAACCGAGGCGGAGCAGGCGGCCCCGAGGGACAGUGGAGAAGGGCCCACCAGCCAAGAUGGGCCCAAAGGGAGCACCCCCCGCUCCGUGCACCAAGGGGGGAAAGGACAGGUGCUGACUCGGAUGGGGACAGCCCCCAGCGCCACUCGCAGCAGAUCGGGGUCUCCUUCUUGGAGGAGCUGCUGGAGAAGGAACCAUCGGAGGUGGCCAUCACGCUGGCCUCCAGCCCGGGCCUGGAGGAGGCUCUUUCCCAGGCCGCGCUACGGCCGUACUUUCUGGAGCUGCUCCUGCGGGCUCUUCGCAAGGCCUGCACUUCACGCACCAACCGGCAGAGCAUCCAGUGGCUACUGGGCCUGGUCAAGGAGUCGGCCUUCCUGGGCCAGGGCCUCCCGCAGUACGUGGCAGGGAUGCUGACCGAGGCUGUCCCAGCUACGCGUCACCGGUACCCACAGCACGUGGGCGACAUCUUGGCCCUGGUGCAGGAGCUAGUCAGCGUCUUCCCGGCUAGCACCAUCCAGUCGGUAGCCAUGCUGAUGUCCCUCCUGCAGGCUUCCGUCAAUGCCCUCCGGGCCUCCGAGGUGGACUUCACAGAGGAGACGGAGAAGCAGAUGGAGCAGGUCCAGGCCUAUGUCCAGCACCUGCAGGAGCGGUGUCGGGAGGGCACUCUGAAGGUGGACAGCCCCGUGCGGAUGGGGACCCCGGGGGAGGCGGAGGGCGAGGCAGAGGCAGGGGAUUACCGGGAAAUGGCCAUCUUCCCCACCUACGCAGAGCUGCACAAUGAGGAAAGGCCCUUCCUGCGGCCCAACACCCUCCGCCAGCCCUACGAGGGGCCCACCCUCUACCUGGAGACCCACUUCCAGCUUCUGCGGGAGGACUUCAUCCGGCCCAUGAGGGAAGGCAUCGCCCAGAUCUUCAGUGACACUGAGGAGAGCGGCCUGAGGAAGAAGAGGUUCGAAGACAUCCGAGUCUACUUCAAUGCCCGGAUUGUUGCCCCGCACUGCACAGCUUCCGGCAUCGAGUACCGAGUGCAGUUCGACACCCGGCCACUGCGCUUCGUCCGGUGGGAGAACUCCAAGCGGCUGAUCUUCGGCUCCCUGGUCUGCCUCUCCAAGGACGGCUUCGAGAGCUUCCUCUUUGCCACGGUGGCCCAGCGGGACCCCAAGGAGCUCAAGGAGGGCUUGGUGUGGCUGUCGUUCUGUGAGCACAGCCGGCCCCUCCUGGCCCGGGUACAGCCCUUGGACUCCUUCCUCAUGGUGGAGACCGCGGCCUACUUCGAGGCCUACCGCCAUGUCCUUCAAGGGCUGCAGGAGGCCCGGCCGGAGGAGCUCCCUUUCCAGAGGUACCUGGUCCGGUGCGAGGCCGAUGUCAGCGCCCCUGCCUACCUGGAGGGCCCCAGGCGCCUCUAUGACUUUGCCUGCCUGGUGCAGAAGCCACCCGCAGAGGAGCUGCCCAAGGAAGAGUCGGAUGAGGAACUGUCGGACGAGGAAGAGCACAACCAUCUAAAUGUCCCCGCUCUGUUCAGACUCCAGCAUCCACGACUAGGUGCAGUUCAAGACCGGGCCGCUGCACUCCGAAUGGAGAGAGAAAUCCAAGCAGCUGUUCUUCGGCUUUCUGGUGUGCCUCCCAGAGAGGAAGGUUCCUCUGUCAACAUCCUGGACCCACAGCAGUGGCCCAGCAAGGAGGCUCUGGGACUGGACGAGACCCAACUGCAGGCCCUGAGCUUGGCGCUCACCAAGGAGCUGGCCAUCAUUCAGGGGCCCCCGGGGACCGGGAAGACCUACGUGGGACUGAAGAUCGUGCGUGCCUUGCUGGCCAAUGGCCGGGCCAAUUUGUCACCCAUGCUGGUCGUCUGCUACACCAACCACGCUCUGGACCAGUUCCUGGAAGGGAUCCAUACAUUCCAGAAGCAAGGGAUCGUGCGCGUUGGAGGGAGGAGCAGCAGCGAGACCCUGAAGAAGUUCACACUGCGGGAGCUCCGUAGCAGAGGCGGAUUUCAGGUGGACCUGCUCAAUCUGGACAUGGCUCACUUCAGUAUGUCCAGUGAGAUGCAGGAAGCCCAGACUGAAGUGGUCCGUAAGGCAGACAUCCUGGAGUGCAGCCUGCGUGGAGUCCUGCACGAGAGGCACCUACGGAGCCACAUAGCCAUCUGCCACUGGGACAGCCUGAAUCGGGGCUGGGUAAGGAGGGGAUUGUGGGAAAGGAUUAACCCCAAGGACUCCCUCAUCCUGGAGUGGCUGGGCCUCGGUGCCAUGCCCUUUGCCUGCAGCGCGCCCAAUGAUGGAGCCAACCCUGCAGAGAAGGAAGGGGAAGAGAAGGAGAAAGACCCCGAGGAGGACUCACUGGCCAUUGCGGAGGAGGCGGCCCUGCUUCAGGCUGACCGCCUGCUGGACAGCGAUGACGCAGACCGGCCCUGGUCCCGCAGGCGCCGGCACCAAAGGGAUGCAGCUCAGCUAGACGACCACUUCCUGGCCCUGCAGCUGGAGGACAAGGAGAAGGAGGGGAAGAACAAGGAGGGCCGCUGGGAGAUGCAGCCCGGCCAGAAAAAGAAGCUGAAGCAGCGGGUGAAGAAGGAGCUGGAGAAGCCGGAGGGGAUGAGCGCAGAGGAGGCGGAGGCCGUUCGGGACGUCUGGCGCCUGCCCUUGACCUCUACAGGUAACCUUGCUCCCAAGACACCUGGGAGGCAUUGGGUACAGAAGUACCAGGCAGAGAUCCGGCGCACAAUCCUGAGGCACGAGGAAAAGUACCAGGAAGCGGCUGAUCGCCUGGCCGAGCUGCGUCUCCAGGACGAUCUCUGGAUCCUGAAGAAGGCAAAAGUUGUGGGGAUGACCACCACAGGUGCGGCCAGGUACCGGCAGGUCCUUCAGGAUCUGUCCCCUAGCGUGGUGGUUGUGGAAGAGGCGGCCGAAAUCCUGGAGGCCCACAUCAUCACCACCCUCAGCAGAGGCUGCCAGCACCUCAUCCUCAUCGGGGACCACCAGCAGCUUCGCCCCAGCGCCAAUGUCUACGAUCUGGCCAAGAACUUCCACCUGGAGGUCUCCCUUUUUGAGCGGCUGGUCACGGCUGGACUCCCUUUCAUCCGCCUCAACUACCAGCAUCGCAUGAGGCCAGAGAUCGCCCGUCUGCUCACACCCCACAUCUAUGCAGAGCUGGAGAGAGCUGACCCAUCUGUCCUCGAAUAUGAAAGCAUCAAGGGAGUCUCCUCCAACCUCUUCUUCGUGGAGCACAACGUCCCGGAGCAGUCACUGCAGGAAGGGAAGAGCCACCAGAACCAGCACGAGGCCCAGUUCCUGGUGCGGCUGUGCCAGUACUUGCUGUGCCAGGGCUACCAGCCCUCACAGAUCACCAUCCUUACCACCUACACGGGGCAGCUCUUCUGCCUGCACAAUCUGCUCCCGGCCAAGACCUUCCAGGGAGUGAAGGUCCAUGUGGUGGACAAGUACCAGGGUGAGGAGAAUGACAUUGUGCUGCUGUCCCUGGUGCGCAGCAACCUCGAGGGCCGGGUGGGCUUCCUGCAGGCCGCCAACCGUGUCUGCGUGGCCCUCUCCCGGGCCAAGAAGGGCCUCUUCUGCAUCGGCAACCUGGGCAUGCUGAGCCAGGUCCCGCUCUGGAGCAAGAUUGCCCAAACGCUGCGUGAGAAGGGCCAGGUGGGCCGCGCCAUGGUGCUCUCUUGCCAGAACCACCCCGAGACCCACACGGAGGUGGCCAAGGCCGAGGACUUUGCCAGUGUCCCUGAGGGGGGCUGCAGCCGCCCCUGCGAGGCCCGGCUGGGCUGUGGCCAUGUCUGCCCACUGGCCUGCCAUCCCUAUGACCCCUUGCACCGGGAGUUCAAGUGCAUGAAGCCCUGCCAGAAGACAUGGUGCACAGAUGGGCAUCGCUGCCCCAAAGUAUGCUCCGAGCCCUGCGGGGAGUGCCAGGUGAAGGUGCCGAAGACACUGCCCCGCUGCGGUCACCUGCAGCAGGUGCCCUGUGCCACCCCUGCAGAGAAGUUCUGCUGCCAGGAGCCCUGCCCACGGGACCCGAGGUGUGGGCACAAGUGUCGGAUGACCUGCGGCCAGGUGUGCAGCCAGCGCUGCCCAGAGAAGUUCCAGAUCACCCUGAAGUGCGGGCACAGCCAAGAGCUCUCCUGCUCCAUCGCAGAGGAGGUGAGGGAUGGGAGGCCUGUGCCCUGUCAGGCCAAGUGCCCUACUCUCCUGGAAUGUGGCCACCCAUGCCCCGGCUCCUGCCACUCUUGCUUCGGCGGUCGAUUCCACACGGCAUGUGCCAGCGCCUGCAGGCAGCUCCUGGUUUGUGGCCAUGAGUGCCUCCAGCCCUGCACCAGGGAUUGCCUACCCUGCCGGUGGCCCUGCCAGAUCCGCUGCGUCCACCGCAGCUGCCAGAAGACCUGCGGCGAGCCCUGCCCUCCUUGCAUGGAGCCCUGUGAGUGGCGCUGCGAGCACCAGCAGUGCAGCCAGCUGUGCUCAGAGCCCUGCGACCGUCCCCGUUGCAAUGUGGCCUGCCCCCAGGUGCUCCGCUGUGGCCACUCUUGUGCCGGCCUCUGUGGGGAGCCCUGCCCGACAGAGUGCCUAGUCUGCGACCAUGAGGAGCUGACCCAGAUCUUCUUCGGUUUCGAGGAUGAGCCCGGGGCCCGCUUCGUGCAGCUGGAGGACUGCGACGACGUCUUUGAGUCUCAAGGCCUGGACGUCUACAUGGACGAGAAGGCGGAGGAAGAGGGGGACCAGAGCACAGCAGCCGUGAAGCUCAAGGUGUGCCCUUCCUGCCGGACGCCCAUCCGAAAAAAUCUGCGCUACGGGGCGCUGGUGAAGAGGAGCCUGGCGGAGGUGGAGCUGGUGAAGCGCAAGAUCCAGGGCUCCCCUGAGGAAAUAGCCUCCGGUGCCCAGAGACUGAAGGCAGUGUUAAAGGAGAAAAUCACUCUGCGGGUCAACAUGCCGGCGGAAUACACACAGCUGCAGAAGAAGUUGGAGAAGCCAUUGUUUGCCUCCGUCCAGGGCCUGAUCUUUGUGGAGAAUCUCAUGAACUUCUAUGUCCGGCUGGCAGAACUGACCGAGGCGGUGAGGAAGGGCCGGUCCGGCGAGUGGGAGGGAAUGAAGAAGCGGAUGGCAGAGGCAGCCAGUUGGCUGGAACGGCCCCGACUCAGUUUCACCGGCCAGGAGCUGUCCGAUCUGCAGCGCGAAUUCCAGCGGCUGGCCUUCCUGGUGGAGCUGCUGGGCAGGUGCCAGGCCGCCCAGGGCAAGAUGGAUGACUCCACGGAGGAGAUAGUCAGCACCCUCCGGCAGCUCCUGGAGCGGCCCGAGAGGUUCACCCCGGAGGCCGAGCAACUGGUCAAGGAAAAGAUGGAGGCCCUGAAGACCCUCCUCCAGGAGUCCGUGCUGGGCAUCUCUGAGGUGGAGAAGCGGCAGAUCGUGGCUACCAUUAGUGGAACGACACGUGGCCAUUGGUUCAAGUGCCGCAACGGCCAUGUCUACAUGAUCGGCGGGUGCGGGGGCACCAGUCAGAGCAGCCAAUGCCCCGAAUGCCAAGAGAUCAUCGAAAGCAGCAACCACACGUUGGUGUCUGGCAACCAGGCCCCUGAGAUGGAUGAGGCCGGGUUUUCUCCCUGGUCCGAGGAGGCCAACAGAAGGCUUGGGGAUAGGGUGUCAAGCAACUGACUCCAGUAACCCUUCUUUCCUUCUCUUUGAUCUUCAGCAGACAUGGGUCAACCUUGGUCCUCCCUCCAGGUGUUUUGGAUUCCAACUCCCACAAUUCCUAACUGUUAUGAAUUGUGAGAGUUGGAGUCCAAAACACCUGGAGGGCCAAAGUUGGCCCAUGCCCGAUCUACAGGAUAAGACAACUUCCUGUAUCUACUUGAAGUAUCUUUGUAUUCAUAUGCAUCCUGCAGUGCACGCCAUCCUGCAUUUAAUUACUGGUGAUCACCUAUAAAGCCCUAAACGGUUCAGGACCUGCCUAUCUUUGUGACUGCAUCUUCCCCUAUGAACCAACGCAAUCUUUAAGAUCAGCUGGGGAUGCCCUCCUCUUGCUCCCACCUCCGUCUCAGGCACGGUUGGUGGGGACGAGGGAGAGGGCCUUCUCGGUGGUGGCCUCCCGUCUCUGGAACUCUCUUCCCAGGGAGAUUAGACUAGCGCCCACCUUGUCUAUCUUUCGGAAAAAUCUAAAAACCUGGAUGUUCCACUGCUUUUGAUUAGCAGUUCCCCAGUCAAGCCUGGCCUGUUCAAGCCCUAAGUCUAGCCCUUGCCCCUUGAUAGAGACAUAGGGCUCUUUCCCACAUUGCCCCUCACCCCAAGUUUCCUCAUAUGGCUCUUGCACUUUAUCUAUUAGCACUAUCCUCGACACUGAAUUGCACUAGUCCUGCUAAUGCCUCUUAGAACUGUAUUAUCCACAUCAGUAUUGGCUCAAUUAUGUUUUUAUUAUGUUAAUCGUGUGUUGUCUAGCUUUUAUUAUGAUGUUGUUUUAUGAAUUUUAUGCUUUAUUUUAACUGUGUUGGUUGAGCUUGUCCCCAUGUGAGCCGCCCUGAGUCCCUUCGGGGAGAUGGAGGCGGGAUACAAAAAUAAAGUUAUUAUAGUUUUAUCAAGUUUUUAAAACUGUUUGCAGUUUUGCACCUGGGUCUUUGGACUGUAAUAAAAUUUUGAUAGACUGAUCCCAUUUGAAGAUCAAACUACAGAUCACACAAGAGGAAAGAAGUUUCUGCAAACCACCCAGGAAGGAGGAUGGGAGAGCAGGAAGACAUCACCCAAGCCCUCCUGACAGAUGGCCAUCCAGCUUCUGUUUAAAAGCUUCCAAGGAAGGAGCCUCCACUAGACUCUGAGGCAGAGAGUUCCACUGCUGAACAGCUCUUCUUGCAGUCAGGAAGUUUUUUUCUCAUGUUCAAUGGAAUCUCCGCUGUCAUUUGAACUCAUGGCUCCACUGAAGCCUAGUUUCCAGGGUAGAAGAAAACAAGUCUGCCCCCUCCUUCUUAGGACACCCUUUCACAUAUUUAUACAAGGCUAUCAUGUCUCCUCUCAAAUGUCUCUUCUGCAGGCUAAACAUUUGCAGUCGCUCCUCCUCAUAGAGAUUCAUGGUCUCCAAGCCUUUGAUCCUUUGAGUCUCCCUCUUCCUCUGGACACAUUCCAAUCUCUCUUUUGAACUGUGGGGCCCAGAACUGGACGCAGUGUGAUUCCAGGCGAAGGUCUCUGACCAAAACAGAAGAGAAAGGCACCAUGACACUAUCCUCCUUUGGAUGCAUUCCAAAAUUCCAUUGGUUUUUUGAGCUGCUGCAUCACACUCUUGGCUCAUGUUCAGCUUGUUCCAUGGAGUGUGAGCCAGGCAUCACCCAUUCUGUAUCUGUGCAUUUCCCUUGUCGAGCCAGAUGUCACCCAGGGGAUUUUUUUCAUGUCAGAAGUAACAUACUGCAAGUUGCUUCUGGUGUGAGAGAAUCGGCUAUAAUAAUAAUAAUAAUAAAACUUUAUUUAUACCCCGCCACCAUCUCCCCAACGGGGACUUGGGGCGGCUUACAUGGGGCCAUGCCCAGAACAGUACAAUAUAGCAAAAUAUAAAACAACAUAUCACAAUACAAUUAAACAAUACAAUAAAUAAUCAUAUACACUGUAAGGGCGGGCCGCAUGAGACACUUAAUUAAAACUUGGGGUGAGAAAAGGAUAAGAAUACAAUCAGCGAUCUACCAAGGCAUUGCCCAGGGGACAUCCGAUGUGUUACCAUCCUGCUGGGAGGCUUAUAUCAUGUUCCCACAUGGGAAGCUAGGGCUGACAGACAAAAAGCUCACCCCGUCUCAUGGAUUUGAACCGCCAACCUUCACGUCAGCAGUUCAGCUGGCACAAGGGUUUAACCCAUUGCUCCACAGCGGCUUUCAUUGUAGAAGUAUACGCAUAAUAUGGACCAGACGCAGAUCUUUUUCUAUUUCUGCCCCUGCCUUAUGGAAUGCCUUGCCGCCCUAGAUGAGAGCCAUGCGUGAGUUAGGGCCUUUUACCCUCGCACUCAAGACCUGGCUCUUUAUUAGAGCUUUUAAUCUAUGUUAAUUUUAUCAAUAUUUGUAUGUAUGUAUUUUUAUCCUUUACAAUUUUAUCUUGUAAAUCGCCUAGAGCAUCUUGGAUGGAGGGCGAUUAAUGAGUAAUUAGAUGAUGAUGAUGAUGAUACGUUUCAAGAGGGAAAAGUUGAAAACUAGAUGGAUAGCAGAAUAUUGUUAUAUUCCCUGUUAUUUUAGAUUAGAGUAUGCGAAAUGCUAACAUGCUUAACAAUGGUAUGCAUAAGCUGUACUAGGAUCUCAAAAAUAUGUUUGUGCUUCUUUUUUUAAAAAAAAAAUACCUUGUACUUUCCCGAUACAGACAUGGGUUCUGUAUUUUUGCAUUUUUGGAAAAAUUGUUACUUGUAUAUUCUGAUAAUAAAAUAAAAUGGCAAAAGCCCAA